UCCUUGACGUACGAGCAGCGCAUGUACGGCUUUGCGUUCUGCGCUCUGUUCGGUGUCAUGUGCAGCGCGCUGUCGAGCGUGUUCUGGACGCGACCGACCAAGUUCGCGACGCUGUACAGCAUGGGAAACCUGCUCUCGCUCGCGAGCACGGGGUUCCUGACCGGGUUCGCGAGGCAGCUGAAGAAUAUGUUUCACGGGACGCGCUUCGCGGCGACGUGCGUGUACCUGGGAGCGCUCAUCAUGACGCUGGUGUGCGCGGUGGAGCUGAAAUCGUUCCCACUCACGAUGGUGUUCUUAGUCGUGCAGUGGUGCGCGCUGAUUUGGUACUGCAUGAGCUACAUACCGGGAGGCCGCGCGGCGCUCAAGGCAAUCGCCAAGGCGUGCUGC